UUUAAAUUUGUAUGGUGUGUUAAAUGUGGAAAAGUUGUUUUAUUUAAGUUGAAUUCAAAAUAUAUUUUCUGAGGAAUACAAUAAAAUUGAGGAACAGAGCAGAGUAAAAUAUAAUUAAAAUGAUUUUCUUGAGGCAAACAACAAAAAAAUCAUGCACAUUUCCGUUUGCCUACGCACAUAAUUUGUAGUCAAAAUUUGUGUGCGAAUCUGACAACAUUAGUCUAAUGCUGGCCGUUUAACGAAUAUAUUAUCAUUUUUUCGGUCUUCGAAAAAUUUUAAGCUUUAUAAUAAAUUUAUCGAAAAAUAGUUUUGAUUUCCAAUAUUGAUGUGGCAAUAUAAUUAAGUUUUAAUUUGAUACAUUUUAAAUAAGCGCAUUUAUUAUAUCUCAGUGCAAAGUAUAAUUUUGGAAAAAACAAAAAAAUUGAUUUAAUAUUUCCAUAUUUUCAAGGAAAAAAUAUCUAUACCUACGUAAAUUAUUUAGAUUUGGUCGUGUGCCAAAGUGAAACAAAAAAACCGAUAUAUAAUUAGCUCAAAAACGUCGCACAUAUAUACACUUUUAAAAUUUGAAAUUGUUUACCAUCGAUUAUAAUACAUUUAUUGCAACAACAAACAUUUUGGCACUAUGGAAAUAGCAAAGAAUGAAACUGAAGGAUCAAAAAGUUCUUCCGCUGUGGAUGAAAUCUCUAAACAGGACGGAGGUACCCCAACGACAAUUGAAGUGUCGAAAAGUGAAGUUACAACUCAAGGAGAAAAACUUGAUGAAGGAGAUUGUGUUAAGGAUAAUGAUGUGACUGACACAACAAAAGCUCCUGAAUCAGUAGAAAACUCAAUACAGCAAGACGAUAGCAAUGAAAAGAAUAAAGUGCUAGAAAAUGUCGAAAGCGAUGAGAGCGAGGAAGAAGUUGAAACUUCAGAAGAAAUUCCUAUUAAGAAGCCUGAAGCAGCUCCGUCCAUAAAAAAAUGUGAUGACAAAAUUAAUGAUAUAAUUACUGAAGAAUCCGCUAAAUCAGAUUCAGAAGUUAUUAAACAAAACGAAAUUAGUGCAGAAAAGGAAGUAAAUGAACCUUUAACAACGAAGAUUGUAACACAAAUUGAUAUAGAUACAAUAUCUGAAGGUACUGAAUCAAUUAAACUAUCGGAGGAUACCACAUCAAAAACUCCAUCGGUCCCCACUUCGGAGUCAUUGGCCAAAAAAGAAAUUAUUAUUUCAGAUGAACAGCAAAGUAACCAACAUACGCAAGAACAGGUUACGUCCCAGCAGCUUGCUAAUAGUGUUACGAAUAACGAAAGUACACUCAACAAUAACCAGCAUAAUAUGAGCAAUACUUUAAAGGAAAUAAUAUCCGAUAUUGAUCGUGUAAUUGAGCAGGAAGACGUACUGCAAGAACAAAAACGACAACAACAGCAGCAACAGGAAGAGCAACAGGCAAAAGAGCUUCAGCGUCUUAUUGAUGAAAAGCAAAGCCUGAUAGAUCAAAUUAAACUCCAACAGCAGGCAAAUCAACCAAAACUUGCACCCACGGCUCAAAACGUUCCAAACUAUCAAGCACCGCCGCUGCUGCAAGAACAACUGCCAACAAUCAAAACGAAAACUUUAACUAACGAAAAAUCAGAGAGCUACAGUUUCGAGGAUGAAACAAAAAAUGAGAUUCAGCAUCCGAUUCACAUGACUCUAAAAGAGCAGAGAUCAAUGUCGUUGCCGUCAUGGAAAAACAAUAGCACCAUAAUAACAAAGGAGUCAUCCUCAACGUUGACAAAUAGAACAGAUGUGACGAAAAUAUUCAAUCCAGUUUCGGAAUUUGAAGACAUUUCACCAAAGAAUCGAAAACUAUAUGCGUCGUCUGCGUUUUACUCCUCCAAUCUUCAUCCUACUGUUGAGGAUCAGGUUUCACUUGCUCGAAGGAUAUCGUAUUCACUGUGUGACAUUAGCAACCAUCAAUCGAAGGGUCAAUCGAUGUUUGUAAAUCGAAAGAAGCGAUCUGUUAAAUGGGUUCAUGAAGGAAAAGGUCAACCAGAAUUUCAAAAGUAUUAUGAAGAAAGCAGGGAGAGAGAAUGCGAUUCAAGGAACUUGUUAAAUGAGAAAGUUCCCCUAAAACUGUUUAUGAAUCCACACGGCAAAGUUCAAGACAUAAACUCAGUACGUGAACUAAUAAGCGAGACGGUAUCGCUGUCUCCAAAUAGAUGUGCUGAAUUAGUAAAUGAACUUAACGCCCCGAAAGGACGAGGUGCUGAACUUUUUGCUAAACGUCGCAGGAAGGCCGAGAAAUGGAUUGUUGAUGAAAACAAUGCAUCUAUUGAACCUCAAGACCAUCAACAACCCCACAAGCUUACAUCACCUGCAAUUUUGAAUCCGCCCUGCUCUGAUGUUCGUAUUCAUCGCGUUCAGCAGCAGCAGGAACCAAGUUUAAAAAUUAUUAAAUCGCCAUGGGAGGCUGCUCAGGAAACUGGUCCAGCUAGUUACGCCUUUGAAGACGGAUAUAAACAAAAUGGACAAAAUCAUCACUAUGAACAGGGUGAAUAUCACAGAGUAUCAGAAGUCCCAUCCAGAACAAUACCGCUGCAAGACCAAACUUCACAGUUUAACCAUUGUCAACCAAAAUCUCCAUUGGCAUUUAACAGCCAACGUGAUCUAGCAUACAAACCGAACAUAGCACAAGGUUGGAAAGCACCUGCUGUUACUUUGCCUAAAGAACUUUAUGUUCCCAAGGAAAUACCUCUUAAAAGCUAUGCACCUCCACCUGUACCAUCUUUUUAUAAAACAAGUGGUGUCCCUUCCGCAUAUCAACCCCAAUGUGGAUUACCAAAUCCAAAUGAGAACAAGCUAUGUCCCGACUUUCCAAUGAUUAAACCUGGAGCAUAUAAUCCUGGAACACAAAAUUCGUCGCAAUCAACAUAUUCAUUUUCAAAAGAGCUUCAUCAAAAACAGCAACCAUGGAAUGAAUCUGUUUAUAAACAACAAUCGUCUACAACUCACUCAACCCCUGUGAAUUUUAACCCAUCACCAUUGCCAUUCAAUAAAUUGGCCAAAUUCGAACAACAAGAUUCAUCACCAAAGCAAACCUAUCAAGCUACGCAUCAAAGAUGUUUUGAGACUUCGUCUACUUCAAACAAGUUAGAAAACAUUUCACCUAUCAAAUUUUCGAGAAGUUCAAUUCAAACUCCUCAUAAAUCUGUUUAUCAAAUGGGAGGGUCUUCUUUUAAUCAGCCGAAGAGGUCAAGCUACCCAACACCAAUGUCACCCCGGCCUACAUCCCAACAAUUCCCCACUCAAGACUAUAAACAUUACGAUCUGAGAAACCACGGAGCACAAAGCUUGCCUCAUUCAACUAUUCCUUUCAUGGACUGUCAAAAUUUUAAUGUUUCUGCUCGUGGUUGGGGUGGUGCAAGGCAAAACGAGCCCUACCGCCCAAUUGUAGUCGGACCAAAGGUAGUCGGGAAUCUUGGUUAUUCAGAUUUUUAAACAAACUUGAUAAUGAAGCCAGGGUUAUACCUUCAGAUAAAUUUUGAUGGAUCUUGUUGUUUUUAAUUAAAAAAAUUGUAAAUAUAUUUAUUCAAGCGUAAAUAAAUCUUAACACCCUACUCACAAAUUUAUUACAA